AUGCAACCACUAUCUUGGUCAAAUACAGUUCAAUUAACAUUAAGUAUUCAACAUUUCAGCGAAUUAAGGCUUUUAUUUGAACACAAUGCUCUACCUGCAAUUGAAUAUUUGAAUAUUACUAUUGAGAAUCUGGAUACUAAUUUACCUUUCAAUGUAAAUAUAUCAGCAUCAAAUGUUCAACUUUCGAAAUAUUCUCUACGAGAAACGGCUACUGGUGGUACUCAUCUGAAACACUUACUCUUACGUUAUAUAACUCUCAAUGAUGUUAUGAUAUUGAUUGGUUCGAUAACCAUGCCUUUACUUGAAGAAUUGAUACUUAUUGAUAUGUAUGAUGAUAGUAAGUUAUUUCUUCAUCUAUUAUUUUAA